ACAAUAUGUCCGACUUCAGAAAACAGCUUCAAACAGGCUGCUACGCCCUCAUCGAAGGCCACGGCACCGCAUACGGCUACCAACCCUCCCUAGCAGCAGGCAUCGUGUUUCUCGCGCUCUUCGGACUCUCACUGCUCGCCCACAUGGUGCAAAUGACGUGGACGCGCACUUGGUGGUGUGCUGUGUUUUCAGUGGGAUGUCUUACGGAAAUCCUCGGCUGGGUAGGACGCACCUGGUCAGCGCAAUGUCCAUACAACAUGAAUGCAUUUCUUAUGCAGAUUUCCACCCUCAUCAUCGCCCCCACCUUCUUCACAGCCGGAAUCUACAUCCUCCUCGGCCAAUUCAUCCACCUCCUCGGCCGCCAAUCCUCCAUCCUAACCCCCAGCCUCUACCUCUGGAUCUUCUGCACCUGCGACGUCAUCUCGCUCAUCGUCCAAGCAAUCGGCGGCGCCAUGGCCUCCGCCGAAACCAGCAAACCCAACGGCAACACCGACCCAGGCACACACAUCAUGGUCGCGGGGAUCGUGUUCCAGAUGUUCUCCAUAACAGUGUUCGUCGCGUGCGCGGCGGAUUUCGUCCGUCGGUGCUUGCGAUACCGGUUGCUGAGGACUGUGUCAGGGAGUCUGGUGCCGCUGUUCGCGGCGAUGAUCUUCUCCGUGCUGUGUAUUUAUACCCGCAGCAUAUAUCGCACGAUUGAGCUGUCGGAGGGGUGGAGUGGGUAUUUGAUUACGAAUGAGAGGUACUUUGUGGCGCUUGAUGGGGCGAUGAUGGUUGUCGCUGUUGUGGUGUUUAAUGUUUUUCAUCCGGGGAUGUUGAUGCCGAGGGGGAAGGGGAGUGAGAGUGAGAGGGAGAGUGAGAUGAGGAGUGGGGUUUCGAGUUCUUGUGGGUUGAAUGGGGCGGGGAUGGAGGAGUAUUGA